CACAAUACCUCACAAUGCUUCGGCGCGCAGUCCCAAGGUCAUUAAAGGACCCUAAGAUCUGGAAGCGCUGCGCAUCCAGCACAAGCGGGAGCCAGAACUCGCUCUCAGCAGCAUACUACCGCGGGGGCACAUCCCGCGCAGUGUUCUUCAACCAACAAGAUCUCCCCCACAACCGCUCGCAAUGGGAUCCCAUUUUCCGAGGCGUGAUCGGCAGUCCUGAUCCAUAUGGUCGCCAGCUAGACGGUCUCGGUGGCGGAAUAUCCAGUCUAUCCAAAGUCUGCGUUGUCGGGGCCUCAACACAUCCCGACGCAGACGUGGACUACACAUUCGCUGCGCUGGGCGUCAAGAACACGGACGUCGACUACUCCAGUAACUGCGGGAACAUGGUCAGCGCAGUUGGUCCUUACGCGGUUGAUACGGGACUCUUCAGAGCCGGCAAGGAUGCCAAAUCUGCGCUCGUGCGCAUCCACAACACCAAUACCGGCAAAAUCAUUAAUGCGACGUUCCCCGUUGUUAACGGCGAGGCUGCUGCAGGCGGGGAUCUAGCGAUUGACGGAGUCGCUGGGAGCGGCGCGCCCAUUCAGCUCGACUUUGUGGACCCGGCUGGUUCGAGGACGGGGAAGCUUCUCCCUACAGGUAUUCUGAAGGAUACAUUCGACGGCGUUGAAGCAACCUGCAUCGAUGUUGCCAAUCCCUGUGUUUUCGUCAAGGCCGAGGAUCUCGGUGUAUCUGGUACAUUGACACCAGAUGAGAUCACGAAUACACCUGGUCUUCUUCAGCGUUUGGAUUCCAUUCGACGCCAGGCAGGCGCGAGUAUGGGUCUUGCCUCUACGCCGGAGGGUGUUCCAGGUAGUGUUCCAAAGAUUGGAAUCGUAUCGACGCCACAGAAAGAGAGUGAAGAUGGGUUUAAAGUGGAUCUGGUGGUUCGGGCCCUCUCGGUGGGCCAGCCGCACAAGGCGGUUCCGAUUACCGUUGCCUUGGCCCUGGCUACGGCGGCGCGUUUGCAGGGGAGUACAGUGGCAGACGUUACGAACUCGCAAGCCGUUGAUCCUGCGGGAAUUACCAUUGGGCAUGCGAGUGGGAGUGUUCUUGUUGGGGCUACGUUCGGGGCGGACGGGGGGUUGGAUUACGCGACCGUGUUUCGCACGGCGAGGCGGUUGUUUGAGGGGAGGAUAUUCUGGAAAUAAGAUGAAUUGGUUAUGAGAGCUAGCUAGAAAUGUAUAUAUUAUUUUUUACCCGCCAUUGGAAACAAAACAACUUCUAUAAAGUGUAUAGUACAAACAUCAUAUUCCCUUGGCCAUCAAGUUGAGCG